GCUCGUCUCAUUUUGUUGAUCUGUCGGGUCUCGUUCAACGUCAACAGGACCAUGGAACCUCUGGUCUGAAUUCAAGCUCUGGACUUUGGGUUCCUUUCCUAUAGAACAGGAAAAUGGAACCUUCUCCAUUGCGCUCUACAGUCCUGGCAUUAUGCCUAACGCUCGGCAUUCCCGCUGCCCUUUACAUUGGCGCUCUCAGCACCAUGGUUCUCAAGCCCUCUCUCCAAGCCCACGCAAUCUACCUUCACAAGGUGACACUCACCUGGUUCAAAGACCUCGACAUCCCCGAACAGUUCGGCUUCGCCAACCACCAAGUCACGCCCUUUUACAUCCCCACGCCCGACGGGGAAAGAUUGCACACAUGGCACGUCCUUCCCAUUGGCGCCUACGUCACCCAUCAGGAUGCCCUGCUGGCUCAGGGACCAGAGGGCGGCCUGGUCGAUCGCUUCCAGGACACCCUCAAUUUCCGCCUGCUGAGCGAUAGCCCGGCCGCUAAACUGGUCGUCUACUUCCAUGGGACUUCCGGGACCAUGGCCAGCGGCUGGCGGCCCGCCAGUUACCGGUCCCUGUACGCCGUGGACCCGCUCAACACGCACGUGCUCACGUUUGACUAUCGCGGGUACGGCAAGUCCACCGGGCACCCGUCCGAGGAGGGACUCAUCACCGAUGCGCUCGCCGUCGUGGACUGGGCCUUGCAUGUGGCACGUAUCCCCGCCGAGCGCAUCGUCAUUUACGGUCAGAGCUUGGGGUCCGCUGUUGCUAUCGCGCUAGUUCACGAGUUAGUCCAGCGAGAGCUGGCUGUUGAGUUCGCGGGCUUGGUCGUCACGGCGUCUUUCGCCAACGUGGCGGAACUGACCGCUACGUAUCGGAUUGGCGGGUUGGUUCCUGUGCUCUCGCCCGUGGCGCGAGUCAAGCCGUUGUUUGACUUCUUUGCCAGCCGGCUGCAGAGCAAGUGGGACAAUGAGCGGCGGUUGAGCGAGUUCGUGCAGAAGGCAGGGAGGUACGAUGUUACCCUGAUACAUUCUGAGGAUGAUUGCGAUAUUCCCAUGGCACACUCUAUACGGCUGUUUCGGGCGGCGGUUAGGGCCGCCGAGGCUGACGAAGCUUUGUUGUUGGAUGAUGUGAUCGAAGAGAAAAGGGUAUCGCAUGGCGAGGGUGGGUCGAGGACGGUGUGGUCGACUAAGAAAGGUGAUAUACGUCUCGAGAUACCGAAGUAUGGGGUGCAUGACAAGGUCAUGUCGUAUCCGAUAACUGGUUUGGCAAUUGGUCAGGCCUUUAACUCGACGGGGUAAAUCCAGGUGGCUAUGGGUUGUUAUCACAAACAUACCUGGUUGAGUACCUACCUAAUUACUUAGACAACCAUCUUCUCACGAACAAUCACAGGACUGACCCUGGACCGCAUUCGUCUUCCAGGUUCAUUCAUUCGAUCCAAAUGACAAUUUGAUG